AUGCUAAGUAAGGACCGCUAUGUUUCGCGCAUUGAGCCUUGUAUUGCCGGACCUAAUCGACGCCAUGUCGCCACGCCGGAGGAAUACCAGGCAGCGGUCGCUCCGAGAGAAAAAGCCUAUAGAGCCAAGAACUACACGCCGACUGGCGACGUGUCCACCUUGGCUACUGGCAUAUACUACCUGGAGCGCAUCGAUGAAGCGUUUCGCAGGACUUAUGCCGUCAAGGAAUGA